AUGAGUCAUGGUCUGCAUCAUCCUGUGGACCCAUUCCGGAUUAUCAAGGAAACCGCCCGUGAUGGAGCCACGGGCGAAGUAAAGCAACUAUCUUAUACCUCUAGCAAAGUUGUUGGCUCAGGAAGCUUUGGCGUUGUCAUUCAAGUUCAUCUCGUUGAACAUGACAGUAAAGCUGCCAUUAAGCGCGUUUUGCAAGAUAAACGUUUCAAGAAUAGAGAACUCCAAAUCAUGCGGCUCAUAAAGCACCCCAACAUCGUCGACUUGAUUGCUUACUACUACAAUACUGGUGAAAAUAUCGACGAAGUAUACUUGAACUUGGUUUUAGAAUUCAUGCCUGAAACCAUCUAUCGUGCUUCCCGAUUGUAUACUCGUCAAAAAGUGUCUAUGCCUAUAAUUGAAGUUAAACUUUAUAUUUACCAACUUUUACGAUCACUAGCCUAUAUCCAUGCCAGCGGAAUCUGCCAUCGUGACAUUAAACCCCAAAAUUUACUGCUAGAUCCUGAAACCGGUGCCUUGAAACUUUGCGACUUUGGUAGUGCGAAGAUCCUUGUAGCCGGUGAACCCAACGUUUCCUAUAUCUGCUCUCGUUAUUAUCGUGCUCCUGAGCUCAUUUUUGGUGCAACCGAUUAUACUCCCGCAAUUGACGUUUGGUCCACUGGUUGUGUCAUGGCUGAACUCAUGCUGGGUCAACCCUUGUUUCCGGGAGAAAGCGGCAUCGACCAGUUGGUAGAGAUCAUAAAAAUCCUGGGUACUCCUACGCGAGAACAAAUCAAAACAAUGAAUCCCAAUUACAUGGAACAUCGAUUUCCGCAAAUUCGCCCUCAUCCAUUCUCCAGAGUCUUUUCGCGAAGCGUACCUACAGAAGCUAUCGAUUUGCUAACAAAGUUGCUCCAAUAUACUCCUAAUGAACGUCUCACUGCUUUAGAAGCCAUGUGUCAUUCUUUCUUUGAUGAACUCCGUGAUCCAAAUACCAGACUCCCGAAUUCUCGCAAUCCUCAAAGUCCACCUCGUCCGUUACCAGAAUUAUUUAAUUUUAGUCAUUUGGAACUGUCUAUCCGUCCUGAUUUGAACAAAAAAUUGAUACCUCCUCAUGCUCGUGGUUCUUUACCCGUCGAUUUGGACAACUUUGUCCCCGUCGAAAUUAAGCGUGCGCAAAUUGACUAA